AUGACGGCCAACAGCCAGCCCACCCUGCGGGAACUGGUAGAGGAUUUCCUGUACAGGGAAGCGGCGCUUCUCGACGACUGGCGCCUGGACGACUGGGUCAGCCUGUUUACCGAGGAUGGACGUUACGUGGUUCCCACCACCGAUCUGCCUGAAGGAGAUCCCCAGCGCGACCUGGUGUUCAUCGACGACGACAUUACCCGAUUGCGCGCCCGGGCGGUUCGGUUGAACAGCCGUCGCGCCCACCGCGAGUACCCCUGGUCGCGGACACGCCGGUUCGUCUCCAACGUGCGUGUUGAGGAAACCAACGAUGGGGAACUUCGGGUCACCUCCAACGUCCUGGUCUACCGGUCCGCGGCGGUGAGGGAGCUCCCUUCGUCGGCAGUAUCGACUACGUCUUGA